AUGUCUACAAACAUUCUCAUUGUCGGCGCUGGCGCCAUUGGAGCGUUCUAUGCAUCUCGACUCGCAGUCAUCUCUGGUAUCUCUGUCUCUGUCGUCUGCCGCUCCAACUACAAAGCUGUGAAGGCGAAUGGCUUCCAAGUUACCUCACCGCAAUACGGCGAUUACACCUUCGUGCCGGCGAACACGUUUGCGAACCCAGAAGAAGCGCGAAAGAGCGACAUACAAUGGGACUACAUAGUAGUCAGCACAAAGGCCUUGCCGGACGUCAGCGAUGAUUCGACGAUACUUGAGGGGCUGGUCAGCGAUAAGACAGCCAUUGUGCUGAUACAGAACGGUUUGGGUGUAGAGGAGCCAUACGCGAAGCGGUUUCCACAGGCGGCAAUCUGCUCGGCCGUCACGAUAGCCACAUGCGCACAGCCCGAGCAUGGCCAGAUCAAGCACAACAGAUGGACGCGGAUAAAUAGCGGACCGUACCUGCCUCAUCUAGAUACCGGAAACAAGAAGGAUACCGACGCACGCGUCACGGAGCAAAACGACGCGUUCAUUGCUCUGCUGAAGGAAGGCGGUAUCAAGGAUGCCGAAGCCUACUCCCAUGCUAAACUACAACUAGUUCGCUGGCAUAAGAUCGCCAUCAAUGCCUCGAUGAACCCAACCUCCGUCCUCACCCAGUGCCUCCCGAACAACGUCAUGUCUCUCGACCCGGAACUGCAGCGCCAUCUCAAGGGCGUCAUGUUGGAGAUUCUUGAGACCGCUCCCAAGAUUCUCGGCGAACCCAUGCCUAAAGAGUUUGCUACCCCAGACCAGAUCAUUCGGUCUACCCAGAAGAACACUAGUGGUAGCAAGCCAAGCAUGGCGAUUGACUGGGAAGCGGGUAAGAAGAUGGAAAUUGAGGUUAUUCUAGGUAAUCCAUUGAGGAUCGCCAGGGACAGAGGAUUCGAGAUGCCGCGCCUACAAAGUCUGUAUGCGAUGGUCAGAAUGGCGCAAGAGGUUAGAGACCAGAAGAAGGAUGUCAAGUUGUGA